AUGGCUCCUCGUGCUCUCUUCUUCUAUGGCCUGAACGCCAUCCGAUUCCUAAGCGUCGUCGCCCUCAUUCUAGUCUUCGCAAGCUCCAUCUUCGUCAUGGUCACCGACGUCCGAGCCGUAAAUGAAUUUGAAGCAGCGGGUUCGGAGUCGGAUUCUGCGAACUGUGAUUAUAUCGAGGACAGUACUGUUCCAAACCAACCCGCCGGCGUCUUCUGGGCUGUUGUCAAUCGACUCUUUAUCAUCUUCCAGGUCAUCUUCCUCUUUCUCUCCGAGGUGUCCUGGCCUAUGCCCUUCUUCGAUCGUUUCUUCCCUGUUCUCGGAUCGAACUUUGGUUUGGGGCCGCUUGGGAUCUUUCAAGGCCUGAUCGGAGCUACCAUUCUUUCUCACCAUUGUGACGACUUUACUCUCGUCGCCGCCUUCUUCCUUUUUGCCCUCGGCUGUGUGAAUAUGCUCCUCGGUCUCAUCUUCCGUGAAUCAGCCAAAUCCAAACGUAGCAUCCGCGCUUGGCGCUCUGGUUCCGCCAGUGUCCUGCCCGUUCAGGCUCAAAUGACUGGUACCACUGCGGUUACGUCUCAUUAUACUGGAAGUGGUGCGAAUGGGAAUGGGAACAAGGGAGCGAGGUCGACGUUUAGGCAAUCGUUGUUUGGUGGGAGGAAGGCGGAUCCGCUGGAGUUUGGGGAGAAGGGUUCGAUGGAUAAGAGUUCUUUUGGAUUCGGAAGGCAAGGGGAGAAGAAGGCUGGAUUGAAGGGUUUCCUCCUCACGCGCCCACUCGAGUCCCUCCCCCGCUACACUACUGAUACUCACACGAGCACGGAUGAGCCUCCAAGAGCUUCAUCUCCCGUGUCAAUGCCAAGACCUACAGGUGCCCCGAUGUUCCGCUCGAGUCCGACCGCUCUGUGA